AUGCAAUACGAGGGCCUUCCCUUUGUGGGGCACAGGCGUUUGCGGAACUUCUUGGCGCAUUGGUACGAGCAAGGAUCUCCGCUGAAUCUGCUGGAUGCCUCACCCGAGGCGCCCAGCUUGGAUGAGGAUGCAGGCGAAAUCAAUGAAGAGGCGAUCUUCCUGAAGGACUACUUCCAAUCGCAGGAGAAGGCAUUCCAUAUCUUGCUGAACUUUGUGAGUGAGGUGUCGAUCCAUCUCAAUUACUGGCUGGAUUGGACCACGCCCAUCCACCGACGCCCGCGGUGGGCGCAUCAAUGGGCCAGGAAGUUGUGGCGCAGCUAUCUAGCACUGUUGGGGCGCCGCCGGCCACUGGCCCAGCCCGAACGAGCGGCCGCAGAGUUUGCGCGUCUGAGUGAGGACCUCUGCAGAUUGCUGGCCUUCAUCCAGAUCACCUCCUUCGACCUGCUGAGCUCCGAGCUGGGCAGCCUGGAGGCCCGGACCGAAGCGCUGCGCCGGAGCCUGGCGGGCCUCAAGUGGCAGACGCGGGUGGCGGCCAUCACGGCGGCGCGGCUGAGCCCGGGCGGUACGGCCAUGGUGCCGAGGCGAUCCAUGCGGCAUUCGUGGUUGGGAUCCAUGGGUUCGGAGACGGCCUUGUCGGAACAGGUGGCAGCGCUCAGCGAGAGGAGCGGCGGAUGCGGUCCUGAGGAGGAGCCGAGCACGCGAUAUCCCGGCCGAGAUCAGUUGCGGGAGAGCGAUUUGACCUUCCAGGUCUUGGUCGAGAGCCUGAACCGCUACAUCUGGGAGAGUGGCCAGCUCAGCCACUGGCGCAAGUGGUGGCCGGUCUACGGCUUGGCCUUUCUGGGUGUGCUCGUGGGCGCGUGGCGCUGGCGCCUGGGCGAACGGGAGGUGCGACACGGCUUGGUGCAGCACAGCGCCGAGGUUUGGCGCCAGUUUCUCAACGAAUGGAUCCUGUUGCCAUUCCAGCAGCUCUGGGAAGCCUUGCUGCUACCUGGCCCCAAGGAGGAGUUGCGGGUUCAACUGCGAGACCUUCGCGCAGAGGAGGAGGCGCUGGAGCGGAUGGUCACCAGCUUCGCGCGCUUCGCGCGGGCGGAGUCCACCUUCGCGGUGAAAGGCAAGGAGGGCGUGGAGGACGCGGCCUUGCCGGAGCUGUAUUUCGAAUGGUCCAUGACGAACCCCAUCAGCAACGUGGUGACGGGCCAUUUGGCCGAGUCGUGCAUGGUGCAGAGUCAGAAGCUCAAGGUCUUGCUGUAUGCAUCGCUCUACUCCAUCGAUGCUGUGAUGAUGCAGCUGAAGUGGGACUUUCUGAUGGCAGGUGUGAUGCCCACCACCCUGCUGUGUGGCUGCGUGUCUUGGAUCAUUUCCAGCUCCCGGCGACGACGGCAGUUGGAAUCCAGGAGGAAGAUGGUGCGCGCUUUAGCCGAGCUGGACCGCUUCUUGAAUCGGAACAUGGCCUUCCUCUCGCCACGGCGGGUGAACGAACUUCCGCAGAUGGAAGGCGCGGUGGGCACGGUGCCUUUAAAGUCGCUCCUCUCCCAGGCCCUAGGCUUGGACGAGGACCCGGAGCUGCCCAGCAACGGCUUGGCCAGUGGACUGGACUCCAGCAUCGAUCUGGAUAAGGUGGGUGCCGCGCUGUGUCACCUGGUGCGGGAUCCCACAGACUCCGUGGGACAACGCGGUGAAACCGCUUCGGAGGGUUCGGCGGGGUUCGGCACAUGGCACGGCAGGGCCGUGGGGAAGAGAUGGUGA